GUAAAUUUAUUACAGUAAAGCUAGGGGCAUUGCUGCUUUUAGAAACAAAUAAAAAACUAUACUUCCGGUGAAAAUAAACUAAAAAAAACGUCGAAAAAAACGGUGUAAAGUUCACAGUUCUACAUUUAUCAUAUUUUCUAAUAUCGGAUAUAAAAAUCUCUUUUACUUGUUGAUAUCAAAAAUGCUCAUUUAGAGCAUUUGGUAUAACUGGUAAAAACCCUACAUGCAAUCAAAACCUGCAAAAGUCGUAAGAUAUGUAUGACAAUAUACAAAAAAGCGCGCGAUGGUCGCUAAAUUUUGAAAUUUAGUGGCAGAGAUUUAAAUUUAUAGUAGACAGCUUUAUAGCCAAGUAAAUAAGACAAUAACUUUGAAAUUGUGUUAGAUGGACUGUAUCUUUUAAAGCAGGAAUUCGAACAGCGUAAAUGAAAAUUCAUGUGAAAAGCAAGAAAGUAAUGUGUGACUUGACUGUAUUCGAGUCGCUGCAAGAGAGCAAUUGCACAAUUGUCAUUUUUAAAAAUGACAGUGAUACUCAAAGAACUGCAGGUGAUAAUUAUAAGGGCAAACUUGUAGCUAUGAGAAUAAACGUAAUAAUUUAGAAACAUGUUUACACGAACUCUUCAACGUUUUGGAAGUAGUGUAGCGAUACCACUAUUAAAAAAUAAAGGCGUCAAACUAUCUCUAUUAUACCGCCACCAAUUACUGAAAACCACUAUAGUAAAGCGUGAACCUAAUCAAAAAAAUAAUAGAAACAUUAAUGGUAGUAGCGGUUCGGCUUGCUAUUUACGGAUAUUUUGGAACAAUGUAUUUGGUAAAUAUUUGUUAUUUACCAAUAUCGCUGGUUCCGGUCUUCUAAUGGUUGUGGGUGAUGUUAUGGCUCAAGAGAUUGAAUUUCGUAAAGGAGUACCAAAUUCUAAACGCUAUGAUCUAGAACGCAUGGGUCGCAUGUUCGUUGCUGGUGCCCUAAUGGGACCCUUACAUCACUACGUUUAUAAUUGGAUGGAAAAAAUCAUGCCAAUACCAAACUUGCGAAACACUAUACGCAAGAUACUGAUCGACCAAAUAUUUAUGUCACCAGCUUGUUUACUUAUUUUCUUUUAUUCAGCUUGCUUGUUAGAAAGAAAAACUGUUGCUGAAACCAAUGCCGAACUCAAAGAAAAAUUCUUAUAUAUAUAUCUGAUUGAUUGGUUACUUUGGCCCGGAGCUCAAUAUGUAAAUUUUCGUUAUUUAGAUAUAAAAUAUCGGGUAACUUAUGUUAAUGUUUGCACCGCUCUGUACGAUGUAUUCAUAUCGUAUGUAAAACAUUUACAUAAGGAUGCACCGACUUUAUAA